CUUAAAUUGUCAACUGCCCGCCGCAAUUGAAAGCUCUACUACCUUCAUAUGCUUAACCAAUAUGACUGACUAUACCAUUUAUACGACUCCUGCAAUGACUGCUCCAGAUGGGGGCCAGUCCGACCUCAUUAAUGCAAAUUCACAACAUCCUCAUCUUAUUGCUACAGCUGCAACUUGUUUGGCGUUAUCUUUUAUCUUCCUUGCCAGUCGGCUGUUCACGAAGGCUUAUCUACUUAAAACGUUGGAUCUUGAAGACUGUAAGUACACCAAUCGAUUAACUGUUCAGUUACUGACUGUCUAGUAGAUGCUCUUGCUAUAUCUACGGUCAGGGGUUCCUCAUCAAAGUCCGUUUGCAACUACUCAGAAACUUCUAGGUUGGAUUCAC